AUGGCCUGGGCAGAGGCAGGUGCCGACUCGGUCCAUUGGCGGCUUUUGGCAUAUACAGGGGCCGAUAGCAACGUCAGUGAGAUCAGAGUCAUGGAUCUGCGCGACUGGGGUCCGGGAGGUCGACCGGUCACACUUCAGUAUCUCCAACUGAAUCUUGACAGAUUUUUGCUUCUAAGGGUUCGGGUGGAGCCGAGUGUCUAUGACCACGACUCAACUAGGUCGUUUUGGGACAUGGUAUAUUCCCUCAAGGAUAAUCAGCUCGUUUGGCGCAAGGAUCACGUAUAUAUCCCCAAAAAGGAGCGUCCUCGACUCACACCUCUCACCAUCGGGCAAGAUCGGGUCUAUUUUGCACACAGGACUUCCAAUCACGGGUAUGAUCUGGUUGCAUUUAAGCUGCGGACCGCGGAACGACUGUACCAGAUGCCCCUUAUCUCCAAAAUCGCGAGCGGCGAUAAGGGUUACCUCGUGCCAUACCAGCGAGAUAUCCUGGACUUGAUCCACCUUGAUGGGGGGGAUGAGCUGAUUAUACAAUUCAACUCCGAUCGGCUGGUUUCGUGGGGCCCUGGGCUCCCAGAAACCUUCAGCAUCAUCAACGGGGCCAACGGCCAGGUGAUUCAAAAAAUCGACUGUGCCGGUCUCGGACGUCCCAGAAUAGCGAAAUCCACCUCCACCUCCUUUAUAUUGGCGAGUGAGGUUAGUUCGGCCCCGAAACCCUACCACCAUUGUUUGGAUGUAGUGACUCUACAAACGUUCUCACGGCAACCCAAUGGGUCCUUCUUCCGGACGGCCAUUCGCGUCGUGACCCUGGAAGCGAGGGCCGCCUACGCCGCCGCCGUCGCCAUCCACCCUCUCACCUUACGAGCAUUUUCGUUCGUUGCGGGCAACCAUGCGCCCCAAGCCCUGACUCUCGUUCCUAACUGGGAUCCAAAUGAUCGUCGCCGGAUGCGAAAAUGGUGGCCACAUCUGACAGUUGACGAAUUCUACCGAGUUGAGGUGGCGCGACCGGUAACUUUGCCGCCACGCCAACGUGGUAGGCGUAAGUUCAAAGUGACAGCGCAAUGGAAGUUUGCAUCUCUGAUCUUGCUGGACGAACGCCGGGUCGUGUUUGAUAUCAUCGGUUCGAAAUAUGACGCCCUUUACCUAUUGGACUUUACGCCUGAAUGGUGGUAA